AACGUUCGAGGCUGGGAAGCCACAAGUUUCUUGCCUCGUGGAGGCCGAACGACAACGUCGUCGAAACGGGGUUGUGGAUAGCGAACGAAGCCAGAGCUAAACGGAGGGAGGGACAGCAGAAGCGUUGUACGCAUUCUGGAACUCUCUCCCCCUUCGCUUCGCUGAGCUUAGCUUCGAAGAGCUAUGGCGAGCAACAUGGCCGCGCUCUCCUCCUCGUAUGCCUUCACCAUGUCCUCCGCCGCAUUGCUGACGAAUUCCAAGUCCGUCACGCUCCGGCAUGUUGCCCCUGUGACCGUCGUGAUCUCAGCCGUGAAUUUGUCGGAAAAGCGCGGCGUGUCCAGGCGACAGGUUGCUGUGUCGCUGGCCUCGCUGUCGUUGUUGCUGCUUUCCUCUUCCCAGCAGGCGGCCCAUGCUAGGGACAUUCCUAUCUUUGGAUUGAAAAAAGCUAAGAAGAUUACUGAUGAGGUGGUUUCAGAAGUGAAGGAAUUGGUUAAAGAAGGAGAGAGUGAGGCUGCAGCAGUGGGAGGAGCCAUUUCAAAUGCUGUAGCUGAGUUUCCUGGCGCAGCUUCGCGUAACAUACCAAGUGUGUCUACCCCAGAUGGCGGAUUGUCUCCUGCACUACAAGCUGGUGUAGUUGCCGGCGCAGGAGUAGUUGGUGUACUUGUUGCCUCUGCUGUGGUGAAUACUCUUGUGAGUCCAUCAAAGUAAAAUAUCGAGGUUUGUGUAUAUUGAGAACCCCAGCUUUCAUCUUGCAUACUUUUUACUUUACUGGAGUGCAUUGAGUCUAAAGGGGUAGAUGCUAUUGGUCUUCUAUUAAUCUUCGGCGGAUGCUGCGGAGUGGUGGUUGCUGCUGCUAGAGAAGAGACUCUGGACGUCCCGUAGAUCUCAAGGAGUGUACACUUGCUAGCACCGUAGUAGGGUUUUGGCAAUGAGGUCAUGGGAAAAAGCUCAUUCUUCUGAGUAUCAUUGCUAGGAAUUUGUGCAACCGACAUGUGUAGUUGAAAAAGGAACAAGUCUAUGCAUCGAUUCUGAAUCAUUCCACGCACUUUCAAAUGCACCUGUGAUACGUCACAAGUUGCUAAAUACCAGUUCUGAUUGGGUAAGUA